AUGAGUAUCAUACCAAUUAUACAAGCCCAACAUUAUGGUAAUUUUCAGACACAAACGUUCAUUAACGCGAUGAAAGACAUUCUUCAAUGCGAAGAUACUAUUGAGAAUUCAUUUGUUCGGUCAGUCAUGGAGUAUAGAAUGACUCACAACAUAAAGACAAUCCAAGAAACCGUCACAGUCUUUUGUGAAUAUUGUAUUGUUGGAGAUAAGACCAAGGAAAGACUUUGGAACAUUUUUGGAAGUACAUUUUCUUACAUAUGUGAGAUACUCUUUUCCAAUGAUAGUGACAAAGAGUUGACUGAAGAGAAGAUCCACUUGAUGAGCUUGAUGAGAUACUUUGUGAAGUCGUGUUUGUUUACACAGGAACUUGUGUCAACCCAAUACUUUUUGGAAAAUAUUUUCUACUUAAUGAAGGACGACAGACUCUUUGUUUCCUCAUGUUUACUUAUUGAGUCCAUUCUUGAACAAAGAGAACACACUUUUGAUUUGGAGAACAUUGAGUACAUUGACAGCAUCAUUUCAAAUGCAGACACUCUCCACUUUGGUAUCUUCCUUAUUGUUGUAAACUACCUCCUCUACGAGAAAGACAAGAGUGACGAACACAUUGUUAUGAAGAACACAGAGAAGCUUGCAAAAUGUGGAGUCAUUGAUCGAGCUCUUAAGAUGCUUUCUUUGUCCUCUGUAUCACUUGCUAUUAUUCACUUGCUCGAGAACUCGUGUAUUGAAGAGACCGAUAAGCUAAUCGCCAAUUUCUACGAGAGAUGCGACAAUGAGAUGGAGACCUACCCUGAUGUUGACAUCUCUUUUGAAGGAGUCCAAGGAAUAUAUGCUUGUGACAUAGUGAGUAAUAUUGUAUUUGUCAUCUCGACCAUUUUGAGCAACUUGGAUGACAAAUUUGCAAAAGAAAUGUUGAAGGAUUCUGACAUUGGGGUUGUACUCGAAUCACUUUAUCAGACCAUUGGAAUUGAAAACAUGCAGACCCCAUACCGAUCAGAUUCCGAGAAUGUUGUGCAUUUACUUUUCACUCAAUUUAUUAGACUUCUUUCCAACAUUCCAAUUGAAAACAUAUUUGAAGAUGUUCAAGAGGAUGGCGGAGUCAUUGGGAGUAUUGUGGAGGACAUCCAGUUCGGAAAGAUCGACGAAAGUAUCCAGGUGCCUUUGUUAACAGUAAUUGAGAACAUCUCACGAGAAUGCAAAGAAAAGGAACAGAUCUUUGUUGGGAAGACACUUGGCGUGAUUAAGAUGGCGACAAAACUCCUUUGUGGAGAGAAGAAUGAGAACAAGAGAUCAAUGAUGUACGACAUGUUGGGGACACUGGUUAGAGGAAGUCAGGAAAACGUUGAAGAAUUUAUUCUCUCUCUUGAGAAACCAUUUGGAGAAUUUUUGAGUGACAGCGUCGAGGAUUGCAUUUCUUCAAGCGUCUUUUUCAGAACAAUGAUGCUGAACUUUGUUGAAAAUAAAGGGUUCCAUCUUAGAAAUGCGUUUGAGAAAGAGUAUAAAAUUAUUCAAGAAUACAUACCAGUCUUCUUCAGAAAACUGACCAAUCAUGUUGCAAAAGAAGGUGUUGACUCAAACACGAUGUGUUGCAUGAAUACUUCAGUACUUAUUCUUGGAAUGAAGUCAGUCACUAUUAAGGACUUCUUGGGUGAGGAUUAUUACAAUGAGAAUUUCAUGGGAAAUCUUAAGACUGUUGUGAGAGCAUUUGUCAAGAAAUACCCACAAGAUAAUAACAUUGAAGAUCUCUGUAAACUCACACAAACAAAUCACUCCGUGUGGUACAACGCUAUACGGUGUUUGGAAACUGAUAACGACAACGAGAAUGUUUAUUGA